CUGGCGAUUCAUAUCAUUCGUCCGAACACACAGAUGGGCCAGAAAACUAUUGGAUAUUUUUCUAAGGUUAUGGAUUCGGUCGAAAUGAAAUAUCUGCGCCAUUUCAAAAUACAUCUUAUCAACAAGCGUGAUAAACAGCAGGUCCUGGAAACAUACCAGUUUACGAUAAAAUACGAAGAAGAUGCACAAGCGAACAGUGAAUGUGAUCAAACGAGCGAAAUCAGUUUCGAAGGAGAGAUCCAAGCACGGAAGCAAUUCCUUGAUCUGAUGAGUUCGAUCAAAACCGAAACAGUUGCACUGAGUCCAUUGCCCGUUCCUGUUUCCUACGUGUUCAGUCUAGACUAUUGCAGAAGAACUCCUGUUAAUUUUCAUCUGGAAGACUUCGUAGAAGGCGUCUUCCCAGAUCCAAUCCCUAUGGGCUCGCAUCGAUAUCUUGGCAAAUUUGAAUGUGAAAAGCACAUGUAUGUUUCUCACUUCUUUGUUUGUCUCGAAAAUAACCUUCGUGUUCGGCUUUUUCAUGCACUUGUGCUAGAGUUUCGGUUAUUUCUGCUCAUUUGUUUGCAUGUAUUCCUCAGCUACUGA